UUGAAUGCUUUGAGUAGAAAUAAAUAGCAAUGAGCAUUUGCGAGUAAAACUGAUCAAUAGAUCGGAACCUGGGGGUGGGAUCCCAUAGCUGUAUUGAAUCAGGUUUAGUCUAUUGACACCAGUAUAGGUUUUUACUGCAUAACAUUUUUAUGUAUUUUUAAGUUUAUUUAAUCAUUUUUAUAUUUCCUAUUAUGCUAGUAGCUUUUAUGUUUUUUUUGCAAUGGAUUUGCAUCCAUUUAUUGAAAUAGUAGCUGCCACUUCCAAUUUGAUAUGAUUUUGGUACUUCUCCAAUUUAUUAUUUAAUUCAUAUGUCUAUAAACUAUAUAUUUCAUAUGCUCAGUAUUCACAUGUGAAACAGUUAGACUUGAUCACUGUGACAUCAUUUAUCUGGCAGCUUUAAUACUGGUCUGGUCCGGUUACCAGGAAUGGUCAUUAUGACAUCAUCAGCCUGGAAGCAAUACAACUUUACUGAUGACUGUGAGUCAUUUGAUGUCUAGAGCUGGACGUAUACACUACUAUCAGUGGACACUCCUGCUUCUGGACACAUCAAAAAGAAUUUCUUUUUUUCAGAAAAACAUCUGUGAAGGCCGUGGGAGACCCUCCUGCCCAGCAGGGAUGGGUCCUGCGAGUCUUCAUCCUUUAUUUAUUAUUAUCAUCAUCGGACUAAUUCAAAUAUUUUUUGGUACCACAUCAGGUUUUAAGGUUGAAAAGUUCACUUUAUUCAAACCUAAGCUCAUAUUCAAAGCCAAUACUAUGGGUCUGAUACCAUGCAAGUUUCACACAAGGCGUCCCCUCAAUCCAUUAAUAGUUGAACUAGAAUGGGGUUUAAUUCCAGUGGGUGAAGAUAAAUACAAGCCUUUAAUACAUCUGUAUGGAGACCAUAUCAGACUGGCAUUGCCCGAAUACAAGGAUAAGUAUCAGGUUUUUAAAUCCCUGGUGGCAAAAGGGAACUGUUCUCUGGUGAUAAAUCCGACAGACAUUAAAGACAGCGGAAUUUACCAAGUCAAGCUGAAAAUUAAAGAAAAGGUGUUCACGCCUCCUUCAUCAAUAAAAAUUACAAUUGUGAAACACGAAAAAGUUGAUACACGGACGGCGAAACACAAGACGGAGGCUACAACUGCUUUGCAAAGCACUGCCAUAAUGGAAACAACUGCAACACCACCAGAUGAGACUGAUUUUAUUGAAGACACCAUCCUUCCAAGUCUUACAGGGAAUGAGAAGAUGUUUGGGAUAAUAGUGAUUUGUGUUGCAUCACCCCUUGCGCUAUACGCAGUGAUAGGAAUUGUUAUAUGCGUGGCCUACAACCGAAAGAAGAAAAAAGGUCACACUGGUGAUGUAGAAAACCCUCCCGUAGAGGAUUCAAACGCAGGGAAAGAAGAAAAAGCCAUAGAAGAUAAGAAAGAUGAGAGUGAAGAAAUCUCAUCAGAUACGUAUGAAAGUGCUGAAAGUGCUGAAAGUGCUAGUGACUCAGCUGAUGACAAUUCUAGUCAGACUGAAGAAGAAUCUUGAUGAAGAGUAAAAAAGGCACCACAGAAGAAUAAGAACUGAAGAGAAUAAGAUCCAACAAGAUAUCAACUUUAUAAAAUACUUUUUAAAAUAAAUGUUCUAUAUUAAUAGUU